GUGUAUGGAGGCCCUGCUUGUCUACUGCUGGUCGGGGAAGGAAGAGGAGCCCUAUGUCACCAUCACCCGCAAGCGGCGGCUGCGGAAAGGCUACGAGGUGGAGAUGGAGCAGGAGGUAGGCCACUCGGUGCGCCGGCUGGCCACGCACCGCAAUGCCUUCAAGCGCAUGGCGGUCAUCCAGGCCUUCCUGGGCUCCACCCCGCAGCUCACCCUCCAGCUCUACAUCAGCGUCCUGGAGAAGUACGUCCCCGCAGCCCGAGCUGUCCUCAUGGGCAUCUGCCUGGUGUCAGUCACCUACGGAGCGCUCGUCUGCAACAUCCUGGCCAUCCAGGUCAAGUACGAUGACUACAAGGUCCAGCUGCGGCCGCUGGCCUUCCUCUGCAUUGUGCUAUGGCGCAGCCUGGAGAUCUCCACCCGCGUGGCUGUUCUUGUGCUCUUCAGCACUGUGUUCAAGCACUGGAUCAUCCCCAUCGCCCUGGCCAACCUGCUGGUUGUCUUCUUCUUGCCCUGGGUGCAGUUCUGGCGGAGUGGCACCUGCCUGCCCGACAACAUUGAGAAGAACUUCAGCCGGGUGGGCACGGUGGUGGUGCUCUGUUCCUUCACCCUCCUCUACGCCAGCAUCAACAUGUUCUGCUGGUCGGCCGUGCAGCUCAAGCUGGCCGACCGGGACCUCAUCGACAAGUCACAGAACUGGGGCCGCCUGGCCGUGUACUACGUGGCCCGGCUGGCGGAAAACACAGCCCUCGUCAUCCUCUGGUACUUCUUCAAGACAGACGUCUACGAGAACAUCUGCACCCCACUGCUGGUGGUGCAGCUGCUUCUUGGCUACUGCCUGGGCAUCUAUUUCAUGCUCCUCUUCUUCCAGUACCUGCACCCCUGCCGCCAGCUCUUCCAGCACAACGUUGCUGACUUCCUGCACUGCGUCUGCUGCCGCCGGCACCC